AUGUUUCUGAGAAAUUUAGAUGCUACUAAUGGAAAUUGCAAUGGCACACAGUACAUCACUGUCAGCUUAAAUGAUCAUGUUAUUGAGGCUAAGGUUGCUUCUGGUCCUUAUGCAGAAUCAACUCUGCUAAUCUCUAGAAUACCACUUGUGUCUCAAGAAAUGGAAUUUACAUUUACAUUUACACGCAAACAAUUUCCUGUCAAGCCAGCUUUUGCCUUAACGUGCAACAAGGUGCACAAACAGACUUUAGAACAAAUUGGAAUAUAUCUUCCGACACAAUUCUUCUCACAUGGUCAGCUGUAUGUUGCAUUACCUAGAUUCUGCUCCUAUGGCUUCAGUCAGUGGUCCAACACUUCUGACAUCACCGAUUGGUUCGAGCAUAUUCAACACAAAUGUUGGUAUAGUUUCAUGCAAUUAGACAUUGAUAAUUAUUCAUUAUUACUAAAUAAGGCUCUAAUUUUCGCAAUGAAAAAUUCUUCAUUAACACGUCGGGAUAUUGAUAUUCUCAAUGCCAGAUGUUCAGUUGUAGAGUUUGAUGAGAAAUUAUGA